AUGUGUAUUUUGUUGAUUCGAAUGGCGGCCGACAGUGACGGUGAGCAACAGAAACGGACAAACAUUAGUAGAAACGAUAGUGAUGACGGCGGCAACAGCAGUACCACCAGCACUCUAAAAGCGGUGGUGAUAUGUGAAGGGAACCUCCACGACCCCGACUUCCCGGCACGUCUCGAGAGUUUGAUCGAGAACCUGUCAACGCUGGUGGAAGAGGUAUCGGAUGAUGGCGUCGACAGGCAGGAGGAGGAUGGCCGAAGGCUGAAGGUGGAUAAGGUGGAACCGUGGAAUAGUGUGCGUGUAACACUCUCGAUACCGAAGGAGGCCGCCAUCCGGUUGCGUCGGCUUGCGGCCGAAGGCAACAGUGCACUCCGUGCGCUGGGCAUCCUGUCGGUGCAGUUGGAAGGCGAGACCGUUCUCUCGUUGCGUCUAACUGGCCAACAGGAAAUAGUGCUCCGAACAGAUAAUUCGGCUACCGAUGGACCAAGCAAUAGUGGUUUGGGGGAGCUGGCUCGCGUUCUAUCGCAGCAACAGCACCAACAACAUGCAACGCAACAGCAUGUGCAGCAGUUGCAACAACAUCAUCUGCAGCUCGUUGGCGCGAACGAUGCUAUUCCCGGUCCGUCCAAGGGCGCGGUCCAUCCGCCAAAGCCCCUUGCGAAUGGUCCGCUGCCAUUGGAUGGUACCGCCGCCGCCGCCGCCGCUACCGCGGGCGGUCCAGUGUUCAAGUCACCCAACACGAUCUGCCCAAUGGAUGGCAAAGUUCCCGCCCUUGUGCCAAACGCUGCGACCGACCCCUGCGAGUAUCCGUUCGAGAGUAUGACGCAGGCAAGAGUAAUACAGCGUCGCGAGAACACUCUUGGGUUGGUCGGCAGCACCGCCAGCACUGCCGCGGUGGUCGCCGGAGGUGUUGGCGCACCCAUCGCUGGUGUGAAACCAUCUGCGAAUGGUCAGUUUGUCGCCCCUGUCGGAGGUGCUGCUUCUGUGUCACUAAGUGCGGGUCCACCACCGCCACCAUAUCAAUCGGCCGUGGCUGUAACCGGUGUGAAGGCGGCGCCUCUAGUAGGAGCGGGAACUGUUAUCGGUACAGCGUCCGGUGGUGUUCCGAUGGUAACAGGCAGUCAGCCACCUACACCGGUCGCCGUUGGUGGUGCUUCUAGCGCUGGCCUACUGGCCGGCAACAAUGUGGCCAUGUCUAGCCCUUUACUAGUGAAUUUGCUGCAAAACGAAAACAUUCAGCAACAAGCAAUACCAUCAUCACCUCACCAGCAACAACCACAACAGCAGCACGUAAUGCGCAGUGCCGGUCAGCCGAUCCUGAAACACGAGCUUUCAAUGGUCGCCAGUGGUGGUCAAGUGAUGGUUAAAGGUGUCAUUCCAGCGGUUGGUGGCGGAGCCGGCAUUCAGUCUUCUUCUACUUCGUCCAAUGCGGCCCCGAACGCCGUUAGUCCAGUGAGCGCGAGUGACAAUGAUUCAAAUAUCGGUUUAAAGUGUGGCGCGGCAGUGAGCAGUGUCCCAGGCGCCACCAACCCCCAACAACAGCAUCUAGUGCAUCAUCCAGUGAUUGGCGCUGGUGCUUCGAUGGUUUCACCUGGCCCCAUGGUCGUCCAUCAGCAGCAGCACGCGUUAGUGAAUAGUAAUAGUCCGCUACGAGCUCCGCCGGCUGCCUCGAUGGUGGUCGGUGGCGCAGUGGGCAGUGGAAGCGGUAGCAGUGUGAAUAGCAGUAACAGUCAUCCUCAUCAGCAACAUCAUCAUCCAAUGACGAACAGUGUCAGCAACAGCAGCAGUAACAAUCAGCAAAACAUUUUGAAUGUGUCGCCUUCUUCUCUAGUAACUCCACCAUUGUCAGUGCCUUCUAAUAGUAGCGGCUGCGGCAGCAGUAGCAACGUAAACACGAUAAAGAUGCAGAGAUACAGCAUCGGGCCAACAGGUUCGGGAGCAGGGAAUGCUGCUGCUGCCGCGGCGAGCGGGGUGGUCAUGGGUCCCGCCAUACGGCAUCCGCAGUCACAACAGCAGCACCAGCAACAGUUACUGCAACAGCAACUGCAGCAUCAACAGCAGGUGGUCGUCACUGGCAAUCGAACAGCGCUGGUAGGGCCAUCCGGUCACUCUGCCCAUCCCCUGAGGCCACCCCAACCGACCACAUUGCUUCAGCAGCAGGAACAACAAUUGCAGUUGCAACUGCAGCAACAACAUUCCCAACAAAUAAAUCGCAUGCCGGUUCAACAUCAGCAACAGCAGCUGUUGGCACAGCAACAGCUGCCAUUUCGGCAACCGAACGCCUUACUGGCAACACCCCAGCAAGCGGCCGCUGUGGCGGGAAGUUCUUCAAACGCCGGUUUUAAUCAACGAUGGCCUUCGCUGCCGAUGGACUCGGCGACCAAAUCGAGCUACCAAGAGUUUACACGCUACCAGAUGCAAUACAAUCUCAGUCAGCAGCAGCUAAAUAAACCGGCAGUUGGCUCACUGGAGCAGCAGCAGCAACAACAAACGAUGGACGUGGGCGCGUCCGUAAGCGAUUCACUUGAGUUGGGCAACUGUUUGGUGGAUCUGCCCGAUUUGGCCAAGAACGACCUGGACUCACUGCUUCCCAGCGAUCUGGACAGUGCCCUAUUCGACACAAAGCUGGACGAUCUGGACGAUCUUGAUCUGAUGGAUCAGCAGCAACAACAUCCGUUGCUAGUGAACGAACAACAACCACUGCAGCAACAGCACCAACUAUCAAUUGGUGCUAGUGCCACCUCCGGCGGUUCGGCGUUGCUGCACGGAGCAGGAGGAGCCGCCACGACGGCUGCAGCAGGUGGAACGUUGGUUGGCACAGCAACGAACGUCGCUCUUCCGGGAUCCGGCAUAAUAGAUUGCAUCGCUGGAACCGGUUCCCUAGGUAGCAAUGUAGAAGGGCAGCUCAAAGAGCGCCGUCGCAAGUCACCACAGGUACUGGUCAAUCCGCUGACCGGUGAGCUGGAGGAGACGGUUGUUGAAGAAGGCGCGGAGCACACCGGCGAGGAAACAGACGCGGCUGGUGGCUCGGGCUUGAGUCUGCACAUGAAGCAAGCACAACUUGGGAGUGGCGCGACUCAUGUUAACGAUUUUCCACCAGAAGCGACCAACUCGCUCUACUCCGACGACGACACGACCGGUAGUGCGGGAAUCUUUUCCUCGCGCUUUCCAUCGGACACGAGCGAUACUGACGCCGUGUCGGCGGCUGGCAACGGUAACAUGGCCAGCUUCAGUAUGGGCAUAGCGCUGGGAGGUAUGUCCGCCAGUACUUCCUCCGGUGUAGCGUCAGCCGCCACAAAUAUUACCGGAAAACCGCGUAAAAUUAAGAAAUGCCGAGUGGCACGGAGCACGCCUGCGGCGAAUGAAAAGCUAAAAGAAAAACCGAGAGAACGAACGAAAUCGUCACUGAAAACUGUGAAACAAAAGGCAAAAGUGCUGUCCACGUCAGUGCUGCCGGUAGACGGUAGCGGGAACAAUUCACCGACGAAGAGUGGCACUGAGAUUAAGCUACGCUUGAAGCUGGAGAAGUCAGAGGCAAUCACGGUGACGGUUCCGGGCCGGCCGUCCCCGCUGGGCAGUGGCAACACCGGUACGGUGGGAAGCGUUAGUUCCCCGGGCGGACAACUGAUGAUGUCCUCUGUGGUUACAUCUGGUACCAGUGGCCCUUCUCCUUCGCUAGAAGGGCCCAGCUUCGCUCAACAGCUGGUAACGUUGACUCGAACAAUACAGCAAUCACCGAUAAGUGCACCGGUCCAGCAUAUUGGGACUGCGACCACCUGCAGCGUCAGUAGCCUAGGAACCGCUACUCCUUCCGUCGUAGCAGGAGCGACCGUGCGCGACGUGAAUGUUUGUGGCAAUAGUAGCACUGUAAGCAGUAACAGCAAUACUAGUAGUAGCACCAUCACCACCAAUACCACCACCACCAACAGCGGCGUCGCCUUGGCCAGUGGCGGUAAUGUUCAAACUCCGUCUCCCGCUGGCGAGGAGCUGCGAGUACCGCCACUCCAUAUAAGCUUGCGGGGGAAAAAUUCCGUUGUGAUAAAGAACUCGCGAAAAGAUCGGAAGAAAAGUCAGAGCGGUGGUGAGGAAGACAGCAGUGACAACGGCAGUGGGGGCGGUAGCAAUGGGACUAAAGCCUCCGGUGUCACGGCAAACAGUAAGCGAAACUCUACGGAUACCAACACCGCGAUGCGUUCCCCCUUUGCGGUGAUGUGUGAGUCUUCUCCACCAGCGGCAACCACUCAGAAUCACAUCGGCCCGGUUACGAAGGCCCUUGGUGGCGGAACUGAUGAGGUGUCGCUAGGGCCGGUUUCUGACAUUCCGUCACAAAAACGAACGGCCGAUGCACUUGCGAGCGCCGGCCACAGCCCGAACGGGAUCGUGUGUCCGGAGAAAAAGCGUCGCCUAAGCAGCGGUAGCGUUGGUCUCUUGGCAAGCGGUACGGGUCAACCGGGAGCAACGGUUCCCUCAGAUGCCUGCCCAACGACGGCCGUUACUGCCGGUGUUCAAGAGAUCAAUGAAAUAUAUGAAUCCAUCAUCACUACCACCGCCAGCGGACCCAUCGGUUCUACCAACGUCGGGACAGUUCCAGCAUCGAACGUUUUACUCCAUUCCAGCGCCAAUGUCACAAAAAACUCGAAGAGCUCCGGUGCGAACAGUAACGCUAGUGGUGGCAAUAACAACCACGGCAACCCCAUCGUCAGCGGCAACAUGAUCAUUAAUAACAACAACAACAACAAUAGCCACAAUAACAAUAACAACAACAUCAACAAUAAUAGCAGUAGUUAUGGUAAGGGUCACAAAAAUCUCAUCAAAGUUAGUACUACUACGCCAGCGAUCGGUGCUGGAGUAGGCGCUGCUAAUGUCGCGAUGAUCGAUCCUGCAGCGGACAACGUGCCAGCGCCAGCGACGUCGACGGCUUCACCAGUGACGGCAACAGCGCUGGUGGCGAUGUCUCCGAAGACGACAACCACAACAUCAUCUACCUCAAGUGAGCAAAGCUGCAACGAUGGUGGUGUCGAUGAACCGGAGAGGCCCCAGCUGCCAAGCAGCGACCAUCAACAACAGGCGCGCCAUCAUCGUCAGCAGCAAACGAACCACCAGGAAAAUCACCUGAAGGAGGAACAGGAGGAGAAUCAUCACAGUCAGAAUCGACCACCGGAGCAGCUGCUUGCGGACGGAGCGGAAGGAACUUCGAUAGAGACGGAACUCGGUGGAACCACAACUAGUGAAAUGACGAAGGAACAGCGGGAAGUUUGCGUCGAUGGGACACCGACGACGUUGUCGCUGACGACGGCCACACCAACAUCGGGCUCGGGUGUGACACCGACAACAACGAUGCCGACAGCGAUUGUGGUUGGUGGAGGAAUGAAUCAUCACCAUUUACUGGGGCACGCAACGGGUGUGCGAGGUUCACCCGGAUCUCAGGCGCAGGGUGAAGAUAGCGGCAUAGAGUCGAUGGACGCUCUGUCAGAGAAGAGUCCCCACCAGCUGUCCUCCCACAGCCCACAGGGAAGUGGUAGUAGCAGUAGCAGCACCAAUGGCAGUAGUAGCACUCCCAGCGGCAGCACCAAUGGUAGCAGCGGCGGAGUUUUGGACGCCUGCGCCAAGCAGAUGCUCCAGAUGGCUGACAGUCCGCAGCUGGGAGGCGCAACAGAUGGACUAACCGGCACGAUGGACGAUCAGUUGGCUCGGAAUAGCGAGGUACAGCGGUUGCUAGAAAUGGAUGUGAAAGCCACCGCACUGUUGAUGGAGCGGGAUGCGGAUGACGUGCCAGACGACGAAAUCGAGGCCGAACUGGCAAAGAUGGGACUCAACGAAGGAGGGACCUGUGAAACGAAGCUGAACGGAGAGCAUUCGCCGCUGCUAAAAUCGAAGUCAUCGCCCGAUCACGACCGCUUGGAUCGGGCAGAUUUGAGCAAAAUUUUAGAUGACAUCGAAGUAGACACUGCUACGCCGAGAGUUGUCACUGGCAACGGCAUCGAUGGCAUCGACGAGGAGGAUGAAGACGACAUGACGUUGGAAUCGCUUCACUUGAAAGUUCUUAACGUUCCCCGGGACAUUGCAGAAAAGCGUGGGCGGCUCCACAGUGAGGGAGGGCAGCAGCCGAAGCAUAUGACGACCGCUCCAACGUUAAAGCGAAGGUCGGAAAAGUCGGAUGAAACCGGGGAUAGCAAAGUCAUGGUAGUUGCUGACGGUAAAACAAAACAGCAGCAACUCACUGCGAAGCCAACCGGUGUAGCGGUUCCCGUCGUCACUAACAGUGAUGAAGCAUCGGACAAAGGCGUGCGAACCGACAGCAACCACACAUCGGUGGGGACGAAAGAAGAAAAGGAGGAACGUCACCGGACCGAUCAACGGAGUGCCGUCACGACGUCGCCGCCGUCGCCCGACGACGAUUGCCGCACUAACAAUAGUAAGGAUAAUCCUAGUGUGAAAAGCGAAUGUGAUAGUAAGAUAAUGAUGCUAGUUGAAGGUAAACAACACUUAGUUAAGUCUGAUCCCGAGGAGGCUAUCGUUAGUAGUGUAAGGAAGGGUUUAAGAAAAUCUUCCGACGAGCAAAAUGCGGUAACGGUCGUGCGCGGCGAGCUCCAACCUUCCUCUGUGUUCGUUGUGAACAGCGUGAAGGUGGAAACCGUAUCUUCUGUGCCGGCAGCAUCCACCGGAACGCCGGUAGAGCUAAAAACUGAACCGAAAAGUCCGGAAACCGGCGAAGUGCUGAUCGAGCUGAAACCACGCCACGAGCAACCGCCGCUUUACAGUUACUCCAGCGAGAAGGCUCGCGAAAGGCGAACAGCAGCUGCGGCCAGCGAUGGUGGUCAACUGGGAGUAGCGAGCGAAGGUAAAAGUCGACACAAUUCCACCUCAGGCGCAGUCGAUUUAGGCCAUAUUGAAGUGACCGCAUCAGCUUCUGAAGCUGAUGACCAAAACCAUCCAUCGACUGUUGCCCCGGGUGCUGAUUCCAACCAGCAGGAGAUUUCGUCGGCGGAAGGAAAAUUGACUGUUCUUCCAGGGGGUCAGAUACGAAGCAAUGCUGACCUGGAAGCAAACGGCAAGGAAAUAUUGUCGCAACUAUCCAUUGAGAUUCCAACGCACGCGGAAAGUGGAGAACAUCGCAUACGGACGCGAGCAUCCAGUAAGCUGGAGAGUCCGCUGGAGCUCCCUCCGCGUCAAAGCCCCUCGGGACCACCAGAAUCGCUUUGCACAGCUCCGUCGGCGACUGCUGCCGGUAGCAGUAGCAGCGCCGGGCAAGCGCCUAGAGCAAAUAGCUCCACGGUGGGCGGUGCCAGUACUGUACAUUCCGUGUCGAGUGGAUGUGCUGGGCCGACGACAGUAGGAGGAGGAGGGACCACAACUGAACGCCAAAGUCCCAAAUCCGCUGCCGGAGCAUCGACAGCCAAGUCAGGGGGUGGACCAAACAAGCGGAAACGACAGGGUUCAGAGGGUUCAUCUCAGACCGCCACUAGUGACGAUACGCCGACUCGAGCUAAAAAGUCCCGUAAAGCGACCAGUGCCGGUGUGACAGUUAACCAUUCUACAACGGUGGCUGUAUCUAGCCUAGGGCAGCUGGAAUCGAUGAAGGGUCAGGGUCGUAGAUCCGCCGAAACGAUAGCAAAGGGACGUAUGCCGCGAAAAACAGCAAACCAGGUGGCGGCUGCCGCGGCAGCGGCAGCUUCAGCGGCGUUAGCGAUGAGUGCGACAAUAUCGGCUCCGGUAACGGUCGACUCUUCCGACAGUGACGAACCGUUGAUCGAAAUUGCGGGUAAAGCUCGAAACACCAAACUAACCUCCAAAACCGGCUCAACUUCCAUCACCGCAUCCACUGUCCAACCUACUACCGUUACUUCUGCUACUACUACUUCUUCUAUACCUGCUUCUACUACUACCACCAUCAUCACAACCUGUACUACUACUACUACUAUUACUACUACUUCUAUUGCUACUACUACUACAACUGUCAACGUUGCUACGGAUGCAAAUUCUUCUUCGUCCUCCACAAUGGCCACUACGAUCGAAAAAAAUACUACAGUAGCUUCACUUCACGCUUUCACGGUAACGUCCCCAUCGUCGAUCGCCGGGACGGCGGUGGCCGUCGGAUGCGAAAAAGAAAAGUCACUUCGUAACCUGCUCAAUAAAACCGCAGCCAUGGCCAGCGGUGCUGUAACAAAUGCAAAGCAAAGUCACGGAGGAACUUCGGGAUCUACUCCGCAACCGGCAAUGAAUGCUUCGUCGACGGUCGUUGUUUCCGUCCCAUCGUCCUCAUCCAGCGUAGGAAGCUCGGUCGUAGCUCAGGAGGGAAGCACUAGAGGUGGCUCUUCCGGAAGCAGCAUUAUUUCUUCAGCAGCCAAUACCGCUCCCAGCACUACCGUGGUAGCCAGUGCUGCAGGUUCGAGCGUGUCUGGUGACGAAAAAAUCAGUACUCGUCGAAGCGUACGCAUGACGUCUUCGACCCUGUCCACGGCAGCGAUGAACAAUAAGGCCAAGGCGGCCGCUUUGCUCAAUGCAGCCACAGCUUCUAGCACCACCAACAGUAACCAUUCGGUGGGUUCGACGGGUGUCGAUAGUAAUCAUGUGGGUACAACGAUGAGCACUUCUUCGUCAGCUGCUGCUACAGGCACUGGCCCUGGCAGUGCAGCGUUUUCCAUUGGUUCCACCGUAGCAUGUACGGGAAGUACUACGGGUAGUGGAUCGAAUGGAAGUACCGCUGGAGUCGUUGGCCCAGCUGCUACCGGUGGUGGUGCCAGCUCCAGAUCUCCAAGCGGCACGAACGGAAGCCAUGGGAAAGCAGGGCUGGCGAAUCACAUUAACCAUCAACAUACUGGCGCUUCGUCCGGCAAGGGUAGUGCAGUGAUUGUUGAGGCGAAAGCGGGAUCCAUGGCAAAUGCUGGCGCUAGUGGCGUGUCCCACGCCUCUACUGAGGGAAGCACCACCAUCGAAGUGAGACGCAAAACCCGAAGUGCAGCUGGGCUAGAAGUGAACAUCACGGAAGGUCGCCGUCGCCGGAUUUCUCGUGACAGCAAGUGA